AUGUCUGACUCGGAGACCAUCGAGCUAGCCGCUCUGGGCCGACCCUUCCAGCUGGGGAUGCUGUAUGACUGUCGUAGAGAUGUCCUCAUCCCAGUCAGUGUGAAGGGUUCUGCUGAAUUCCUACAUGACAAAACGACCUCAAAGCGUCAGUCUAGGGUUUCUCUGCAGUACCGUAACACCACUCGCUUCGAGCAGUUGACCAUGGACCACCUGGGGGCAGGAAAUGUGAAACACUGUAAUGUCUUCCAAGAGGGCUCUGCAACCCAUGUGGUGACUGCCCUGCUCUACGGAGCCCAGGCAUUCUUCGUUUUUGACCAAGAGGUUUCCUCAGGAGAAAACCACCAGGACAUCCAGGGAAACCUGCAGGCUACAAUAAAAAAGAUCCCUCUCAUGUCAAUAGAAGGGCAGGGAAAUUUGAAGAUGAGUGAGGAAGAGCAGAGAGAGACCAAUAAAUUCAACUGCACCUUCCAUGGUGAUUUGGCACUAGAAAACAACACUGUCACAUUUGAAGAUGCCAUCAAGGUGUAUGCUGGCCUGCCACGUCUGCUAGGGGAGAAGGGAGAACAUGCUGUGCCCAUGACUGUCUGGCUCUAUCCUCUCAAGAACCUGGACUCUGCAGCUGCCCAGCUAGUCAGGCAGAUCAGUGUUAGCCAGGUGCGUCGCGCACAGCAAAUCUUGGACGGACUGGACAAUACUGAUGUACAAUGCAAGGACAUGAUGAAGGAAGAUAUGGCUAUCAAGUUCCCUGAACUCAAAGCCAAGGUCAACAAGUUCAGGGACAUGUGCUCAGAGUACAAGCUGGUGUUCCAGAAAGGUCUCUGUAAGGUUCUUCCCAAAAUAAGAGGAGGAGGAAUGGAGGAGGAAGAGCUGAUCAAAAUGCUCAACAGCAAAGAACGUUCUCCAUUCCAGAAUGACCUCAUGAUCACGUACCUGGACGACAGAGAGAGAGAGAUGAAUGUUGUCAGCUCUUACGUUGACAUAAUGAAAGAGGUACAAGUUGUGUACACAAGCAGUGAAUUGGAUGGAAUAGUGCUUGAUAAAGCUAAUGAUUAUGUAGUGUGUUUUGCAUUAUCCUUUUUGAAGGAGAAAGAAGAGUAUCUGGUAGUCCUGGAGAACUACUUGCUGGAAGAAUCUAAGAGUGAUUUUUCACUGAUACCUUACAACCCCAACGCAGCCGGGAAGACUGCGGCAGAAAGGUGGUUUCGCUCAGGGGAGGUAACGACCCUAACCAGGCAAACCAUAAAUCUGUUCCUAGACUUCAAAGAGUCUAACAAAGACAGAGAAAAUCUUGCAUUCUGUAUUGCAUCAAUUCCAAACAAACUCCUCACUGCGUCCUCCAUCCAUGUCUAUGAAAGAGGGACACUUUUGAAUCCACAGUUUGAGCUGCCAUCAAAGCCAGGUGUUCCCACCAUCAAGAGUCUGGAGCAUGACUGUGUACACUUGCAAGUCAACCCUCCCAACCUUGGUGUUACCUCUGUGGAAUCGUACCAGGUUUUGUACCAGGCUGAGCAGGCUGACUCUGAGUGGACCGAGGUCAAAUCUGAUGCUACUACACAGGUCACCAUCAGUCGUUUGGACCCAUACAAAAAGUACCGCUUUAGCUGCAAGGCAGUGUGUAGACCUGGUGUGAGCCUCUCCAGUGACUGGACAGAAUACGUCAGGACCCGCCCAUGUAGCCCCCCUGGACCACCCGCAGAGAAGAGGAUAGAAUCGGGAAGUAUCAGAGUGAACUGGGACAUUCCUACCAAGGCGGGAGAUGAUGUUGAAGUCAUUGGUUAUGUGGUAGAAUACAGAAAGAGGGUAAAGGCUAUAGACAAUCAGAUGUGGCACACCAUCAAAACCACCACUAGAGAGAGUACACUGGAAGGACUAGAGGCUGGCACUGGAUACAGCAUCAGAGUCUAUGCUAACUGUGGCGAAACAGGGAAUAGUCUACCCAGUCCUGAGACUGUGCUGACUACCCUUAGGGUCUCUGAUGUCCAACCGAAGACAAGCAAAUCAACAGCAGCA